CGCAUUAUUUUAAUAAUUACUUUAUGUUUUAUAAAAAAUGCUCACACUAUGGAGCAAAGGUUUAAUUUUUUAUACGAUUUGAUGAAAAGGCAAGAAAAACUGUUACCUAUUACAUCUUUUAUGGCUAUUUCGGCGCAUGACAGAAGAACUUUUCACAAGGUUAUAUCUAAGGCUAACGUUUGUGCAUCUAUUACACCGCUCUCAAAUAUAAAAUCUGAGUUGGACUACGAUGAAAGUAGCAUGUAUGCUGCAGAUAUCGAUGAUAGUUACACAUUUAAUAACAUAGUCAAGCAAAACGAAAAAAUACUGAUUUCACCCAGAAAAUGGAGUCUAUUUUACACACUGAUUGAGAAUCCUGAGAUGAAGGCCAAUGAAAACUUAACAGAUGUUAAUUCCGAUAUUAAUGCACCAUUCAAAAAUAUUGAUAAAGGAAUGAGAGAUGUAGAACGUAGACUGGAGGGGGUGUACAUAGGGAUUAACACUGAAGUUUAUGUUGCUUUUGAAGAUAAAAGUGAGAUCAUUGUGUAUUUAGUAUACCAGAUACGCCAACAUCUGCCAAUAAUUUGGGAGCUGUAUGGAGUUUGGCGUAAGAACGUUGGUUUCGACAGGCCCCACCCUGACGCUGUUCUAGCAAUGAGAAGGCGCGACCUGCGAGGCCUUCGCUUGGUCACUGCCACUGUUCUUUCAAAUCGUACUACUACCUUCGAAAUGGAAAACUAUAUAGACAGGGAGGUGGACAUCCCAAUAAAGAUGGUGUAUCACAUGAGCAUGAAUCUGUUUGAUUGGCUGAACUCCGUCGGUGUUUUGAAUGUCUGCUCGAGCUACGGCUACCGGCAAGCCGACGGGAAGUUUGAUGGCGUAGUGAGAGAGAUGGCUGAUGGCCGUAGCGAAUUUGCUGCUACGUCAAUGUUCGUUAUAAAGGACCGGAUGGAAGUGGUCAACUACGUGACCGCCCCCAGUCCAGGAGGGACUCUACUGUUCAUAUUCAAGAAGCCACCUCUUGCUACUGUCGCCAACAUUUACGCGCUGCCAUUCAGCAGAGGCGUCUGGUAUUCUUUGCUCGCACUCAUCACUGUAUCUGCUGUAGCAUUGACGAUAGCGUCUUUCGGUGAAACUAGAGCUGCUGAACAUGAGAUUCCUAUGACUUUUAGCCAAAGACUGUCGCAAGGAUUCCAUGACACAUUUUGUUUGGUGUUCCAACAAGGCGCUAUGAUCUCUCCUGUGGCAGCUAGCAGUCGGCAAGUCUUGCUCAUAGGUUUAUUAUCAUUUAUGUUCCUCUACACUGCGUAUUCGGCCAAUGUCGUGGCUUUGCUUCAAUCAGCCACCAAUGAAAUAAAUAGCGUUGAAAGCAUACUGAACUCUCCAUUAGAGAUUGGUGCCGAUGAUAUACUGUACAACAAACAAGUUUUCGUGUAUGAGACGCGUCCGAUUCACCGAGAACUGUAUUUGAAGAAGGGAGUGCCGCGGGGAGAUGACUUCUUUAUCCCGAUAGAAGAAGGCAUACGCAGAGUUAGAAAGGGUCUCUUUGCAUUCCACGUGCAGACCACUGGGGCUUACGACCGCAUUCAGAAAACCUUCAUGGAGAACGAAAAAUGCAAUCUUGGAACCGUCAAGUUCAUAUCGUACCCGUACCCCCAUUUCGGAAUUACUAAGACAUCGCAUAUCAAAGAACCUGUCAGGAUUGGGGUAGCCCGUCUAAUGGAGUCCGGAGUGCAGAGCCGCACGACGCGCCGUGUCAUGGCGACGAAGCCCACGUGCGCAGGCGCAGCCAUGUUCACGCCCGUCAGCCUGCUCUACGUCACGCCCGUCUUCAAGCAGCUACUCAUCAUCUAUGCUGCUGCCGUCGCCAUCCUGGUGCUCGAGAUCUUUGUGCAUCGACAGGUUAUGAGAAGGAAGUCCACCGAUCACAAUGAAAAUAUUACUUCUGCAAAUAACGAAGAAGAAGCUUACAUCGCACGUGUGUUUCAACUGUAGCUUUCAGCAAUAAGCCCCCCUAUUUGACACUUAGC